UUUGGCAACUUCAAUAGUCUCCAUUAUUGUUGCAUGGAAGAAGGUGCUUAGGUUCAAUAAAAAGAGUGUAAAGUUGCAUUCAACUUAAAUUGUGAUCGGGCAAUUCCUUGCAAGUGGCAGUCGAGUCAAUUCGUUGCUCAUUACGCAUUAAUUCAAGGGGGAAAUGUUGAGUCAAUCAAUUGGAUAAAAACUGUGGAGCGGAGCAUUUGUCGAAACAGUUUUUUCUCGUUUAGAUCCCAUCAAACCGACAGAAAGUGACUCCAACGUGCUCAGGGACCAUCCAACAAAAAGAGGAGCCUUUCAUCUCUCUAUUUUAGUGAGUGGUAGAUCGUGGGCAAAGGAAAGUAAAAAAGAGAGCGGACUUGUGUAUUUGUGUUCCAAAAACAAGUUUACCGGCCACUGGACAAUGCGAUUGGAACAACAAAUGGUCAUAUCGAAUUCAUGAGCUCCGUGGAUGCCUUUCAAUAUCCAAUGGGUCUUGUUGGACACGCGUAAUAGAGUUCAACUGAGAUUCAAGGGAACAGUUCCCAUCAAGGUUGAAUCAGUGAUUUAGUGCCCGUGAAGUGGAACGAAGACCUCAAGAGCAAAUCAAGCAUCAAGGCCAUCAUUGGAGGACCAGGGGUCCCUCAAAGAGGUUGUUAUGAUAAAACCUUCACUUAUAUACUGAUUCCAUGAGAAGACUCCACAUGAAAAUUCAAAUCUAAUUCUGUGGAACGUGUUACGAUUUGGCAAGCCUUCAAUAUGGUGAGGAAACCAGAGGCAAAAUUGAUCAUCUUAGUCUCGGUCUUUGGGAGCUGCAUGCAAGCCCCGCCAAAGCCACUCCAUCCCAACAACGAUGGGGGAGUGUUCCCUAGUUUCCGUUACAACAACAAUCGAAACUUUUGGUUGGAAUACUCUACCCCGCCCAGUACAACUUUCCCGGAAUACGACGAAUACUACGAGCUCCGAUCAACCACGCCCGAUCCGAGACCGUUCUUCUUGAAUGGCGACCUCACCAACAAUUCUGUGGUGGAAAUUCCCUUGGGAGGCACCGUGUUCUUGGACUGUCAAGUGGCUCAGUUCACAUCUGAAUUUGAGGUAUCGUGGUUCCGUCGGGAGAACUCGAAUCUUCACGUUCUUACCAUUGGACACGACACGUUCAGUGCAGAUGAUCGUUACUCCUUAUCUUUCGAAAAACCUCUUAAUUGGAGACUCAAGAUUCGGCCCACUCUCCCCCGGGAUAAUGGGACGUACGUGUGCCAGGUGUCACGUCAUCCUCCAAUCAUACUGUUUACUCACGUCAAGAUCAUCGUUCCACGGGUUCAUCUGGUAGACGAGGAUCGGCAAGAGAUCAGUGAGAAACACUACAAGCCCGGGUCCACGAUCGAGUUACAUUGUCGAGUGGAGAACUUUUUGCCUCAAUUCCAAGACGUGAUCUGGCGCCAUCAAGGCGAGGUCAUCACCCAAGGGUCAGACCGAGGAGGGAUCAGCAUCAAAACCAAAGAAAAUAAUGAUACCUUGAGUAGCCAUUUGUAUUUGGCCACGGCAGACGCCCAAGACAGCGGAGUGUACUCGUGUAGCGUGGCUAAUCUGGCCACUGCCCAACUUUCCCUCCACAUCUUAAAUGGCGAGGAACCCGCGGCUAUCCAAAGCAGUCGAUCCGUCUCAAUUCAUCAUUCCAUGUUCCAAAGUCCCUCUACGAGCAUUUGGAACCCUGGUCGACUUUUGGCAUUGCCAUUAAUUUUGUCAGAAAUUCACCCUUUGGUUCCAUUGAAGACAAUGCCAAGGAUGACAGAUGUCGCCUGCUCACUGAUUCUGUCCCUCCAAGUCCACAGGUUCCUACUAGUUAUCCGUUGAGCGGUCCCUCUCAUUCGUUAUGCUUGGAUGGAAGUUGGACAUACAUUAUGAAGCUUUUUCCCUGGAGCCUUCCUUCCGUCAGUUCGACACAGAUCCUCUCUACAGGCCGGACCAAAAAGAAGAACCAUUUUGAGCACUACUUCCCCAUUGGAUCCUUUAACUAACCUGUUUUAGUAGAGAGGAAUGGAGGACCAAGUGGGGUAUUUUAUCUUAUCGAAGCUAAGGCUGUGCGCUAACACCCAAGUCCUCGUUUGUGCAUGAACAAGAAGCAUCGAUGCACCGAAGAAGAUCAAGUUGUCAGUGUCUCUUUCGACGAAGUACAUGAGCUCCCAUGCAGCUUGGAUGAUCAAAGGGAACUUGGAGAACCAGUUAAACCAGUUAACAAGCCAAGUCAUUCUCAGUCCUAGCACCACCGUAGCCCAGGAAGUUGAGCAUAUGGUUUAUUAUCUGCUUGCUCUCAAGGCCAUAAAGUUAUGAUUUAGAGUUUUGUCGGCAGCAAAAUCCAAUUUUCCGGACAAAUGAGCUCAACUUGCCAAUUUCACAAUGGCCCAUUGUGCAC